AUGAGAGCUAUGCUGGUUGUGGCAAUGCUCAUUGUUUGCAUAUUUCUUAGCAGCAGCAACUGUGAAAAGAAAAGAUAUAUCCACUAUCCAGCAAUUCAUCAUGGUGGUGAUGGUGGUGCAGGAGGUUGUAACCCUAACUAUCCCUUGAGUUGCGGGCCAAAGGCUCCGUCACAGCCAUAUAGUCGAGGGUGUACUACAGCUACUAGGAGUCAGCGUCCUCAUCGGAUCAUGGCUCCGAGAAUUUAA